UUUGCACACCGAUUUACACAUCGCGACUGCUCAAACUUAUGCCAGAUAUUAUAAAUUGUUUUAGCAGUAGGGACUUGCUGAUCAGGAUAUGCAAAUAUAAAACGGCCGACAACUUCUUCUGCACUAUCCGCAUGACAAUACCAUUUAAUGAUAUUAAUCUUUUGAUCAACAGUGAAAACCAUUUUCAUUUUAUUACUGUAUCCGUCUUCGUACCAAAGGUUGAAAUAAAUUGUAAACAUGAUCGGCUAACACGUACAUAUGCGAGGAAUUGCAACCGGACUGAUGAACGCAACGACGACUCGAUAGCCGCCCAGGGUGGAGCCAAGUUUGUUCUCGCUCUACUCCGUCUCUUUACACAUUACGCAAAAAUCAUAUUCGAAAUUUUUCAACCGGCGAACGUGUAUAUAGUACUAAAGUGUGUAGCCGAUAUAUCGGCAAAAUAUUGCAUCGUUGAUAACCUUGAUUAGUAUCAGAGGCAAUUGCAGCUGCUUUUCUAAGGAAAGUGGAAACAUCACUAAUAUAAAGGAAGUCCUAAUUUAAGCAAGGUUCAAAUUGAGAGCGCACAUAUAAUAUCCUUUGUUCCAAGUUUAUAAUUUCCAUUACAUUCAUCUACUUCCAUCACAACAGCAAUUACAUUGCGGAAAGAUCCACGAGCACGGUCGACAUCCGGAAUAGGAACAGUUACAUUAGUAGCUACUAAACAUGGCGAAUAUUUUGAAUUGGAUGUCUUAAGCAUUUUAUAUGCUUACUGUUGAAGAUUUUGUGAUGCUUCACUUCUUAUUUCUAAAAUUAGUAUGUUUUUCCGAUCUCUACUACUUGGGGAAUAUUAUUAUUAUUAUUAUAUAUAUUGAAAUAUUUAAACUCUAAGAGCCCGCGCAAGGCCGCCGCAUUAUCGUCAAAUUUGUAAAAUAAGGUAAUACCUUGCAAGACACUGCAAGUCUUCCUAUAUUCUAAUUUAAGACGUUUGCUUUACAGUUAAUUUAUUUUAUUCUUUUACAGACCUUUCAUGACCUUGAAUCUAUUUUUAAUACGCAAUGCAUGCUGUUUAGUCACUGCAGCCAAUCGCGCCGCGGUCACUAUAAUGCUACAUUUAGUGUGAAUUAAUCUCUGAACGCGUACCAUCGUGGUUAUCUGUUUUGUUUAUCAGAGCUUUACUUGGCGCUAAUUUCUUACCAAAUAGUAUGGAAAGUAAAAGAAUAAAGUACAAGUGUCCCAUAUUUGGAACUAUUGGUGAACUAAAAGAAAAUGUGUUACCAACUUUCCAAGAUGUAAUGAAGUUUUACGAAUGGACGAGAAUACAACUUAAAAUUCAACAAGGAAGUAACAAAGAACCGUCUUUUUCUCAAAUCGCAGACAUAGUGGCUCAAAAAAUUUGGCAAAAAUCAUAUUCCUAUGGUCUCACACACACGAACUAUUCAGAUUUUAAAAACGUACCACGGAAAGUGCAAAAAUCACAUUAAAUCUCUAAAAAGGUUGACCGAAGAAAAGAAAGCCUUGUUUUUGCGCCAAAGUGAAGUUUUGUUUGAUAUUUGUUCCUGUAAAUGUAAGGAUCUUCUUCAUCUCUGUAAAUGCUCGCGUGAGUCGAAGGUACCCAAAGAAGAACACGCAUUUUUGCUUGACCGGAGGGGCGAAAGAAAAAUGCUUAUCGGUGGAGUAGAUCUUGUGCGCACUUUAGAACUGAAAAAAAAAUUGGACAGAAAACGUAAGAGUUUAAAGCCUUUUAAUAAACUCAUUCCUAGUUGUGAUCAACCACAAAAAGAAGUGUCUUCCUCUGCUUUUACGGAUUUUGAGGAACGUUAUGUAUCGCCCGUAAAACACAACGUAGAAGAUUUGCCAUCCACUUCACAAACCUCCAAAAAGGAAUCUGUGAAACGUAAACGUUUUCCGACGCUAUCGAAAACCGCUGACCGUUAUGGUGUUUCUGAUAGAGCGGCGGCUGCAAUUGCUUCGGCGGUAUUACAUGACAUAUCUUCUGAUGUAGAGGUAAUAGAUAAAUCUAAAUUAAGAAGGGAAAGACAAAAAUUACGGGAUACGCUUUUGCGAGAACAAACCAAUUUGCAGCUUCCCGCGUUGUACUUUGAUGGGCGCAAGGACAAAACUUUAAAAGUCAUGGCAAAAGCAGGCAAAAAAUACAGAAAGGUGGUAGUUGAAGAACACAUUUCUGUCCUGAAAGAACCCGGUUCUUUGUAUGUAGGUUAUACUACACCAUUACAUGGUACUGCCAGAAGUAUUGAAAGGUCUAUUAGUGCACUUCUACAAUCAAAACGUAUUUGUUCUGACGAAUUGGUGGCUAUUGGUUGCGAUGGGACAGCAACUAAUACUGGAAAGAACGCAGGUGUAAUUAGACUGUUUGAGAAGAAGCUUCAGCGACCACUACAAUGGAUAAUUUGCAUGCUUCACUUAAAUGAGUUGCCUCUGAGGCAUUUGUUCAACAAGCUAGAUGGUAAAACAACUGGUCCACAUUCGUAUAAUGGUCCUAUUGGAAAACAGUUGGAAAAAUGUGAAAUAAAACCCGUUAUUGAGUACGAAAUAAUACCAAGUCAGCUACCAGUAAUUAAAACAGAAGAUUUAAGCAUGGACCAAAAGUAUUUGUACGCGAUAAACACAGCCGUAAUCACUGGAAACUGCCCCACCGACUUAGCCCAUAAAUCGCCAGGGAAAAUUUCCCAUGCUCGCUGGUUGACUACAGCCAAUAGAAUAUUGAGACUUUAUGUUGCUACAAUACAUCCGACUGAAAAUUUAUGUCACCUAGCGCAAUUUAUCGUCAAAGUAUAUGCCCCUGUAUGGUUUCAGAUAAAAACACAUCCUUCUUGUAAAGAUGGGUCCCGCAAUUUAUGGAAAUUGAUACAAAAUUCUCGAUAUCUAUCAAAAGAGCUAAGAGACGUAAUAGAUCCAGUCAUUCAACGAAAUGCAUAUUUUUUCCAUCCAGAGAAUUUACUCUUAGCCAUGUUAACAGAUGAGCAAAAGAAUAUUAUGGAAUUAGCUGCCAGAAGAAUAUUAAAGGCACGAGAUUCAUUGGCACUAAGAAGGCAACUACGUAUAUUUGAAGUACCGGCAGUAAAUUUUAAUGCUUCGUCUUAUAUUGAUGUAAUAGACUGGCAAGAAAAUAACAACUGUGAUCCUCCAAUCCUCCGAAGCUUCUCAAAUGAUGACUUAAAAAAAUUGUUGCAUCAAAUGGUGACGAAGAUUUAAUUUUCAUUAGACUACCAUGUCACACACAAGCGGUAGAGCGGACGGUCAAAUUAGUGACAGAAGCAUCAAUGUCUCUGUGUGACAAGAAGUCAAGGGAAGGCCUGAUUCAUGCUAAACUCUCAUCUAGGAAAACAAUGCCCAAAUUUGAAAGUAAGCAAGAUUUUCAUGCAUAAUGGCAUGUUAUUAACAAGACUUUAGUUGUAAUUUUGUGUGUUUUUUUAUAUUUAGCAUUAACGAUAUGUUUCUACCAUUAAAUUCCUAAUGUUUAUAAAACUUAUUAUAAUUAAAAUUCUGGAUUCACUAUCGUCAUGCCCUGAAACUAUUUUGUCUUUUUUAUCAAAAUUUCAAAAUUCAUGCGCGGGCUAAAGAUAAAAGUUAAAUUAACUUUUUUUUUUCUUUUGUAACUUGUUUUUGUGCAAUGCAACAUAAUACAGCUAUUAGAAAUUAAUAAGACGAUUUUUAUUUUUUCCCUAUAUAAAGUGACCCACCCUACUGUACAUUGCAUAUCUCUUUCCUUUCUUUUCUUGUAAUGGGGACUGAAAGAAAUUUAAAAAAUCUUUUAUUACCACGUUUAUGAACUAGUUAAAAUAUACCUACUCUUACAUGAAAGAUAUUUAUAGGAAAAUUUUAAUCAAUUUUGAAUUGUGCAAAAGGAGACGAGAGGCCAUGCAUUUUGUUAUGUAAUAUAUUAGCUAAAAGUUAAACUUAAACAAUUCCAACCCACGCUUCCAGCAUACAUUGAAAUGAAAACAAACUCAAAUGAUGUUCAUAUCAGGCAAUAUCAACAACGUCAUUUCUGUCAGCUCCUAUCAAUUUUGCCAAGCGAGCGAUUGACGAUUUUCACCAUACAACCUUCAGACAUAUUGUGGCCCCUGACAAUAUUUCUUUUCAACGUUUUCGUUUGCCAUUAAAUGAUAAUCCUUAGGGCUUAUACUGAAACGUGGUUUUUGCUG